GCGCGCGCAUUCUAAGAAGGUGGUGGCUAAACCUUUGGGUUCUGUUUUGGCUCUUAUCCCAUUCCUUGGUUCGGGAGCGAUUUGACUACGGUUGUCACUUGCUGGCUGAGUCACUGGACGGCUGGAUGAUAGUGGCAUCGAGGACAAAUUUUACUACAGUAAUACUUAAAUGAUUAAUGUGAGGCAAAUCCACAUUUAGAUUUUUCCACAAACGAAUCCGACGCACAUCCUUCCUAAAUUAAGGAACACAUUUAUAGAUCUUCAAUUUGGAGUUGUAGCUUCGUUUUCAAACUGAAGCUGUGUCUGUAUUGCCCCAUGAUGUUGGCUCACACCUGUCUCCUGUUGUUGCUGUGCUUUGCCCAUCUGCCCGCAUCCUCACUGGCCCUGCCCUUUGAGCAGAGGGGAUUCUGGGACUUCGCAAUGGACAGCGAUGUGGGAGGGAUGAUGUCGAUGAUGAAGGAUGAAGAGGAAGGCUCAGCCACAGAGGAGCUACCCUCUCCUGAAAUACCCACAUGCCCUUUCGGUUGCCAGUGCCAACUCAAAGUUGUGCAGUGCUCUGAUCUGGGUUUAAUGGAGGUGCCUAAGGGCAUCCCUGCUGACACCAAACUCCUGGACCUACAGAAUAACCGAAUUACUGAGCUUAAGGAAAACGACUUCAAAGGCCUUGCCAACCUCUAUGCCCUGUCCCUGGUGAAUAAUAAGAUCAGUAAAGUCCACCCCAAGGCUUUUGUUCCUCUGAAACACAUGCAAAAGUUGUACUUCUCUAGAAACCUCCUGACAGGCAUCCCCAAGAACCUUCCCCCAUCUCUGGUGGAGCUGAGGAUCCAUGAGAACCAUAUCAAGAAGGUCCAUGAGGGAGCUUUCUCUGGACUGGGCAGCAUGAACUGCAUAGAGAUGGGAGGUAACCCCAUCCAGAACAGUGGGUUUGAGCCAGGAGCCUUUAAGGGACUAAAACUAAACUACCUGCGCAUCGCUGAGGCCCAACUUACCGGAGUACCCAAAGAUCUGCCAGACAGUCUCCAUGAACUGCAUCUGGACCACAACCAGAUUCAGGCAAUCGAACUGGAAGACUUGAGCCGCUACAAACACCUGUACAGGUUGGGUCUGGGUUUUAACCACAUCCUAAUGAUAGAGAAUGGCAGUCUGGCAUUCCUCCCCCAUCUAAGAGAGUUGCAUCUGGAGAACAACAGGCUCACAGCAAUCCCCAAGGGUCUGCCUGACAUGAAGUACCUACAAGUGGUGUACCUCCAUUCUAACAACAUCAGCCAGGUGGGAGUGGAUGCCUUCUGCCCACGAGGCUUUGGGAUGAAGAGGACUUUCUAUAACGGCAUCAGCCUCUACUCUAACCCAGUCAACUACUGGGAGGUCCAACCUGCUGCCUUCCGUUGUGUCAGUGACCGCCUGGCCAUCCAGUUUGGCAACUACAAGAAAUAAAGAUAGGAUAGAGAGCAAAUGGAAUGAGAGAAAGAGCAAUAGUAGAGUUAAUAUGAAUGAAAGAAUAAAAGAGAAGAGAGGAGCAGGUUGAGAAGGGAAGGAAAGACCAUAAUUGGGGGAAUGAGCGGAAUAAAAUUGCCCUAACCAAAUUUGUAUCUGAAUAUGAAAGGUAGAAAAAGAUGAAGACUAUGGAGUAACCAUAGAUAUCCUACUAAAGUAUUCUAUUUCAAAUUCUAUGAGUGAAACACACAGUAUAGUCAAAUAGAAUUGUAUAUCAGAUAAUUUUCAAAACAUGCUUUAAAUCAUCAAAAACACCUCCAAUAGAUAAAAUUGUAUUAAAGUGUCAAAUGUUUCAGUCCGGUGAGAUAUAUUCAGCUCUGGAAAAAAACAGACCUGCACCUUUUUCUUUCCUUUCCAAAAAAG